CUGAGCGGCGAGCUGGCGCUGUGCAAGCGGGGGAAACUAACAGCGGGUCCUGUGCCCGCAGGAGACGGGCGCUGCCAAUGGGCCCGGCCCCGGCCCGGGAAGACCGGGCUUCGUCGUCCCGCGAGCGCUCCACGUCUGGUGGCCGCGGUGCCGCCCGUUCCUCGUCGCGGGAGAGCGGCCGUGGGGUCCGGGGCCGAGGCCGACCCGCCCGUCCGUCACCCUCGCCCUCAGGUGGCCGCGCACCCCGUUUCGAUCCUACAGCCUUUGUGAAAGCCAAGGAGAAGAAGCAGAGAGAGAUCAGGGUGAACUGCAAGUCCCUGCCACUGGCUGCCGGGUUCUCAGGGCCACCAGAAGCCAGAACUCCCCGUAUGUCCUCUGCUUGCUGAGUCCAGGGCCGCCCCACCGCCCAGUGUGUGUCCUCUGGAAACCUGAUGUCACGUGACCUGUGCACAGGAGAGCACAGCAAGCCCAGAGCUCUGAAGACCCAGGGCAGCAGGGACAGGAGGAAGGGGGUCACUGCUGAGGCCUGCGCACCCCUGAGAGCGGAUCGAGUUUGAACUCCUCCCGGAGUCAUGUCAGACUCCUGGCGGCCUUCAGCCCGGAGGUGCAGCGAGCUGAGCCCCUCGGCAUCGGGACCGCUGACCGGCCAGAGCAGCUGGUCUCAGGCAGCGGCAGGCGCCCUGGAGUCACAGUGGGGAUAAAGGGACUCCCCAAGAGAGCUUUCCCCUCCCAAGAAUGUGCUUAGAAGAGAACAUUGUUUUCUUACUCUUCCUUAGUAAAUAGUCUGUCACUUAAAUGCUCAGUGAAAGGGGCGUUCUUCAGUGUAGUCAAGCAUUUAGCUUCUAAAACUUUAAACGUGAGAAAUAUAUAUACUUUGAAAGUCAUAUUCCUAGGGAAAGAGUAUACUGUACACACAUUUGUAAUCUAUUAAGUGUAAUCAUGAGCUGAUUUAAAGUAAGCGCACUUGUGGGAACUGGAGAGGCGGCUUAGCAGUUAAGGCACUUGCUGGCAGAGCCAAAGAACCCAGGUUUGAUCCCCCAGUACCCGGGUAAGCUAGCUGCAUGAGCUGGAACAUGGGUCUGGAGUUCGUUUCCAUUGGCUAGAGGCCCUGGCAUGCCCGUUUUCUCUCUGUCUACCUGCCUGUUUCUCUAAUAAAUAAACUAGGCAAUAAGUGCACUAGUCUAGUAGCAGCUGGCUGAUGUCACAAUGUGCAUUGUGAGGUCCCUGAAAGCUCUAUGACAUAUCUGAGAUAUCUGCUCCCCUCAGUGCUGUUUGGGCCAGUGGGAGACUUGGUGAUUCACCAGACGCUCACACGUAGCAGUCAGUGCUAGUUUUCGCGAAUACUUGACUAUGGGAAAUUUUUUCAGUUUUGGAGGUGAGUUCACACUGUCUUUGGGUGCUUUCCCUUUAAGUAGACUGGACUGUGUCUUUCAAAUACUUUGUUUAAAUAUUUCUUCUGGCUCAGAUGGUGAUAGUUCCAUUUUAUACUGUGAUUUAUUCCUUUAUCAUUGUAUUUUUAUUCACUAAAUUACGUGUACAUUAUUUCUAAUACUGUGAAAGGGCUUAAGUGUGUGUAUUUUGUGUUAAUGAGCUAAAAACACUCAGUUGAUGAACAAGAAUGUAAAGAUUCACUCUUGAUUUAUACUGAUGUGUGAUACAUACAUAGUUUCAAUGACCAAUGAGAUCUGUUUUCAGAUAAUUGUGAAUAUCUGCUUGUCUGUACUUGAAGCUUUAAUAAAAGAGUUGUUAGUGCUAA